UACGUCAUCGGUUCUUGUGUACUCGCGUGUGUAACGAUACUUCCUAACCGGAAGUGCUACAGUUAGGCAACAAAUUUUCAGCAUGGCAUUAGUAAACAGAAACGAUAAGACAACAGAAAUCUGUCCAACUCAGAAGAUGAGUCACAGAAAGUGGAAAGCCAUGAUGCGCAAACAGAAAAGACGAGCAAAGCGACAAGAGGAAGAUCAGCAGAAAUCACAUGACAAAGUUGGAUCUGUGAGUGAGUCGGAGGACGAGGCAGCGCUACAGGCCCAGGAGGAGGAGAGGCAACGACAGCAUCAGCUGUGGCUGGAACGAGAGAAGGAAGCAGAAGAAGAAUGGCUGGCCAAUAAGGAGAGAGAGAAGAAGGAAAUAGAGCGGAGACUGGAAGUGGAGCAAAAGAUCCGUGAGGAGUGGGAGGAGCGACAGAAGAAGGAGAAGGAGGAAGAAGAGGAAAGGGAAAAGAUAAAUAGAGAGAAGAAGGAGAAACAGGCUCAACUACUUCAACAAGCUACAGCCAGCGACAACAAGGAUGCCUGGCACAACCCUAUAGCCCCCAUGAUGUACGGCAAGGACCGAGACGAGUGCCCCUUCUUCAUGAAGACAGGGGCUUGCAGAUUUGCGGAACGGUGCUCGCGGUCACACACGUACCCCGAGUCCAGCUGCACCAUUAUGCUGCCCGGGAUGUUCGCCAACUUCCGCCUGGAGCAGAGCUUGGUGGAUGAGAAUGACACAGAUCUGGCUCUGGAGUAUGAUGACAGUGAGCUGUAUGAGAACUUCAUGGAGUUCUACAACGACGUGCUACCGGAGUUCCGCAGUAUGGGUCGGGUCAUACAGUUCAAGGUCAGCUGCAACUGCGAGCCACAUCUGCGGGGGAAUGUCUACGUCCAGUACAGACGCGAGGAUGAUGCUCAGAAGGCGUUUGUCAAGUUCAAUGGCCGGUGGUACGGAGGCCGUCAGAUAUCUUGUAUCUUCAUCAACAUUGCCAAGUGGAAGUCAGCGAUAUGUGGUCUGGCUUUUGUCAAGAGGUGUCCAAAGGGAAAAUCUUGCAACUUCCUCCAUGUAUUCAGGAACCCUGGGAAUGAAUUCUGGCUGGCAGAUAAAGACUAUGAAAUGUCUGAGAGAGACCAUCGAAGUUCAGACAGAAGGGAUAGCCGUCAUCGGUAUGGGUCCGACAGAAGAGAUCGUUAUUCACACAGAGACAGGUUUGAUCAUGAGGGUCGGGAUCAUAGUUAUGACAAUAGAUACAAAAGUAGAAGGCAUGACAGGUCAAGGUCACGGUCAAGGUCACCAAAAUCUAAAAGAGGAAACCGAUCCAGAUCAAGGUCUCCAUCAAGGUCACGUCGAAAGAGGUCAAGGUCAAGAAGUCGCAAAUCUAGAUCCCCAUCUAGAUCAAUCAGACACAGGUCUGGCUCAAGGUCACCACAAUCAAGAAGGUCAAAACUUCGUAAGUCAAGGUCUCCAGUCUCACCAGAAGCAAACACUAAGAGACAUUACAAAUCAGAUUCUAGAUCUCCAUCAAGAUCAAGUAAAAGGAUUUCACGAUCAAAAAGUCGCAGGUCAAGAUCACCGUCACAUUCCAUGGAAAAUGUUAGAUCUUCCAGUAAUGGCCAGUCAGCAUUUGAAUCAAACGGAACAAAUAAAGUUAAAAACACAGAUAGCUCCAGUGAUAGUGAUUCAGAAACAAGCAAGUCCCAUCGUAGUGACUCUAAAACAAAACACAAAAAGUCCAAAAAGCAUAAAAAACAUAAACAUAAAAGUCACAAAAAGAAAAAUUCAGAAAAAUAUAAACCUAAGACUAAAGUUUCACCAAUAUCAGAUCCUCACCCUGAAUCUGUGGAGAAUCACAACGGCAAACCCAUCUUUGACCCAGAAUCUGUAGAGGAUCACAACGGCAAACCCAUCAAUGACCCAGAAUGUCUGGAGGAUCACAACAGUAAAUCCAUCAGUGAUCCUGAAUCUCUGGAGGAUCAUAAUGGCAAACCCAACAUAAUCGAGAUUCCACAGGGCAGUGACGAGGAGGACCUCGGUGAUGUCAUAUUUGAAGAUGUGUAUGUGUAAAGUGACCUAAAAAAACUGAUCUUGUCUUUAAGGUUGUGAUUGUCAGAGUCUUCUCGGUGCGUCACAAGCUCAGAAUGAACAAUGGUUAACAUUAACCCUGUUGUGGUAUGAAGGCUUAUAAAAAUAAAAGAAUUGGUUCUCAGGCAAUGACUUUUGAAAAUAUACUUGGGCGGGAGGUGUUUUUGCUUGUUCAAAUUAGUAUGUAACCAAAUACACAGUGUACCAUCAACCUGGGAAAGGACCUCCCUACAUGAACAAGCAUACAAACCCCUAUUGCCACCAUGACCAUAACACGAGAUGAGCAGUAAAGCAGUGCACAUGUAAAGGGAAGUAACUGCAUGCUAUUUUGGGUCGCAUGUUUUUUAGGAUUAGGAUUUUGUUUGUGUUUUUUAAAUGGGAAAACCCCCCGAAAAAUGCGGCCUACUUAAUGAUGAUGCAGGCUGUGCCUGAGAACCAAGACUAUUAUGUAUUUUAGCCUAAGCGUUACACAUUCUCUCUGAAAGUUAGAUUGAUGCACAUGGCAAUUCAUAUGUCUCUAUACACAUGGUCUUUUGCACGAUUACUUACCAGUAUGUAUUGCUCAAGGUCAGUUUGUCCGACACUUACAUACUUUCAUUACAUUUUUCUACUGAUAUAUUUUGGUAUUGGACACUUUGUUAUAUUACCUACAUGGGUAGAAAGAUGGAGAGAAAUAACUUUCUGAUAUAUCGUUACAUGUGCAUCUUAGUUGAAGUCUUCAUGAAAUAUAACAUUGUCAUUUGAAUACCAGGUUGACUUAACAUGUUUACAGCAUGUACAGGGUAACAUUCCAUAAACAUGAUAAAUGUU